AUGGCCACCGAGACCGAGACUUUAUCCUUUUCACUACCAACGAGCACUGCUCCCACCGACGUUUCUGAGUCAACAUGCAUGCCUCACUCUACGCCCUUUCACCAACAACCUUCGGCAUAUCCGCCACAGAACAUACCCGCCGAGUGGGAUACUAGGAUACCACCAAUGCAAACACCUGCAACGCACGCGCAACAAUUUUGUAGCGAGGGCUCAUCACCUGGAAGCGGAAGCGGCUGUUUCAAUGAUGGUGGUCUUUUAUACAGGGUCCAGGCUGAGCGAGAAUGUCGGGAGGGACCCGGCAAUGGAUGUCGAAUUGCUGACAGUGCUGUGGCUGGUUGUAGAACUGUCGAAGAGGCUUGCCAACGUUCGCUAAAUCACUUUCCUUGCCCGGGACUCGCCUUUCCGAUGCCAGCUCUCGAUUUCGAUUUUCGAAUUGCGGUUCGUUUGAACCAAGACGCUGUCCAUGUUGAGUCAGGCAACACCAAGGAAAUCACUACCGUUGCAGCCGGUGUAUGGUCCGGAUCAUUUGGCCACGGCCGUGUCAUUGCAGGCGGUUAUGAUCUUGGUCAAGCACGCGGUUUUCGGCCCAUGAGGCUUGUUGAGGGCGCUUUUGUCAUCCAGACAAGUGAUGAACAGCCCGCAUUACUCGAAAUGCGCACGCGUGGUUCCCUCUCAGGACCCGCAGACGUGCUUGACACUCUAUUAAGCCCCAAGGCACCGAAGGAUAUUGACCCACGACGCUACGGCUUCCGCAUGUUCGCGACUUUCAAGACGUCCGACAAGCGAUACGCUGAGAUUGUCAACUGUGGAUUAUGGGUGGCCAGUGGUGCCUGGCGUGGCGAGCACUUGGUUAUUGACGCCUACCGUGUUACAUAA